AUGGCGGAGGAUGCGGAGGCUCUGUCCGGAAGCCUGGCCCUGUUUUCGGACCUGACCAGGGUCCUGCUGCAGGACGUCCGGAGGGAGGCCGCAGCCUCCCUGGAAGCACUGGUCCCCCACAAGAUCACCACCUUAUUCGGCCUGAUCACGGCCGGGGCGGACCUCUACAGAAGCCUGGGGGUGAAAACGAAGAGCGAGGCCGAGGCCGGCGAGUGGGACUCCUUCCUGAAGCAGGUGGACGACGGGCUGCAGGCCUCCGACGGGCUGCUCUUCGGCCUGGGCUCGUCCUACGCCAAAGUGAUGAGGUUCGGCUGCCUGCUGCAGUACUCCGAGUACGUCGCCGCAGGCCGAGACUUCCCCGACGUGCCCCCCCGCCUGCUGGAGGACAUCUACCAGGAGCACCACCCUGGGGGAGUUUCUUUGUCCGGGUCAGAAGCUGCUGCUGGUCCUCAUCCGCCAUUUUGGAUGACUGCCCUGACGAGACCAUGUGGCCGAGCUGGCGGCCAAUCA